AUGAGCAAGACUGGUGAUUUGGAGCCUGGGCACAGGAGCUUCGAGUAUCCUGGAGCAAAAGUCUACCCGGCUAAUCUCAGAAAUGGCGAGCCGAAUCGUGUUUCCACCACGCGUUUCACUGCUUUGACGUGGAUUCCGAAGUCUUUGUUUCUGCAGUUUCAAAGGGCUGCAAAUCUCUACUUCUUGUUCAUUGCCAUCAUCGUGUGCAUGCCGUUUUCUCCUAAACGGUGGCAAAGCAAAGUGAUACCCUAUGCCCUGGUGUUGACUUGGACAGCUCUGAAGGACUUGUUCGAGGACUCGCGGCGUCGGAGGGAUGACCAGACUGAAAACUGCAGGAAGUGUUGGGUCUACGACUUCCAGCAGGGCAGCUUUAUUCAGAUACAGUGGAGCAUGGUAAAGCCGGGAGACUUCGUUUGCACGCUGUGUGAUGAACCUUUUCCUGCAGACCUUCUGGUUGUUGGGGCUGCUGGACAUCAGGGGGCCUUCAUUUCCACCGUGAAUCUUGAUGGGGAAACGAAUCUGAAGCUGCGGUCGCCCCCAAAAGUGUUUGAGUCUGUUGUGAGCCCGCAGUCUGAGAGCGACAGUGUUAGUCGGCCACCUCCGCCUGCCGCUGACAUUGUAUCGCUUGUUUCGGGUGGGCUUAUGGUGCAAUUUGCCAGUCCUUGUGCUGACCUGUCCGAUAUGCAUGCGGCUAUCGAACUCGGAAGUGAGCGGUGUGCUGCUAAUUGCGAGAACUUUGUGCCGCGUGGAUGUGUCCUCCGCAACACUCCCUGGAUGAUAGCCAUCGUUGCUUAUGCAGGUCGAGAUACCAAAGCCUGCCUGAAUUCAGCUGAGGUGGCUGGCAAGGUCUCCAGCCUACAGGGAUCUUUAAACUUCUGUGUUUAUGGUCUGCUGGCUGCUCUGUUUGCGACUUGCAUAUACAUGGCAACUCUUGCAAAAGUCGCUGAGCCGGCCACAGACUGGGCAGUGCGCUUCCUGAGCUAUACUAUAACGCUGUAUCACGUCGUGCCUAUCUCACUAUACGUGUCUUUUGAGAUUCUGAAGCUGGCUCUAGGAGGCUUCAUCGAUUUCGAUGCCCAGAUGAUAGAUGAAAGUACUGGGCAGGGUGCUAAGGCAAGAACAGCAGAUUUGGUUGAGGAGAUGGGGCAGGUUGAUUUCAUUUUUUCCGACAAAACGGGAACUUUGACGGCAAAUGAGAUGCGCUUUGCAGAGUGUGCGGUUGACAGCUUGGUGUUCAGCACUUUUCUACAAGAUCCGCGAGGUGGACCAGUGGGUGGAGUACAGGAAGCCCAGCAAAUCCUUGGCGAUCCAACUCAUCACAUGCACAAGGCAGUUCUAUGGUUUUUUACUUGUUUAUCUGUUUGCCACACUGUGCAAGCCGACGAGAAAGACGGUUGUGUGCAGUAUUCCGGGCCGUCGCCCGAUGAAGUCGCCUUGGUGAAGGGCGCCUGCCAGGCAGGCAUCGCCUUCAAGAUGCGCAAGACCGACCUGGAGCGGAAGCUUGUGGAGGUUGUUGUUUCUGGACCAUCUGAUGCCCCUGAUCGCGUUUUCUCUAUCCGGAAUAUAAUCGAGUUCACUGCAGAUCGCAAGCGAAUGUCAGUUGUCUGUGAGUCGGAUGGGAACUUUUACUGCAUUACCAAAGGUGCUGACGUUGCCAUGAGCCCUUUGCUGUUGGCACCCUUGGGUCAGAAGGAAGAGGAACAGCUGUGUUUGUUCUCUCAGAAGGGCCUUCGAACACUUGUGGUGGCCUCUGCACAGCUCGACUCUUCGACUUUCUCUGCAUGGGAAAGCAGCUGGCUCGCUGCUGCCAUGUCAAUGGAUCAAAGGACAGAGCGCAUGGCGGAAUGUGCUGCGGCUGUCGAGCGGAAUCUUGAACUUGUUGGCAUCACGGCAGUAGAGGACAGACUCCAAGCUGGUGUCCCAGAAACGGUUGCGAAGGUCAAGAGUGCUGGCAUUCGUUUAUGGGUACUUACAGGAGACAAGACCGAAACAGCAGUCGACAUUGCCUACUCUUGCAACCUCUUCGCCCAAAAAGCAGCUCUGGCCUUCGUGACGGGGGCCGUCGACAGCUCCGAUGCCAACGCAUCCCUCCAGAAUGCACGUAAAUUGUUGGAAGGGACCGCCGAUGGCGGGAUAGUUCUAGACGGGCAGUCCCUGAACUUCAUCUUGGAGGACCCCGUUGCUGCGGAUUUGCUCCUCGAUCUGGGACUGCGGAGCCGCUCUUGCGUAUGCUCGAGGCUGUCGCCCGCACAGAAGCGCAAGUUGGUCGAGUUGGUGCGUCUCAGGAGCCCCAAAAAGGCGAUCACGCUGGCGAUCGGGGACGGUGCCAACGAUGUGCCGAUGCUCCUCGGAGCCCACGUUGGCAUCGGCAUCCGCGGCAAGGAGGGCUCCCAGGCUGUGCAGGCAAGCGACAUCGCCAUCUCACAGUUCCGACAUCUCCUUCCACUCCUGCUGUGUCAUGGACGGCGGGCGUAUAGGCGGAUUGCGACCUUCUUAUGCUAUUACUUGUACAAGAAUGUGGCGCUUGCUUGGGGCGAUGUCAUAUGGGCACACCAGGGCGGUUUCAGUGGUGAUGUUGCAUAUCCAGAGUGGCUGUCAACGUCCUUCAACGCGGUCUUCACGUCUUGGCCUGUCCUAGUUGUCCUGGCUUUUGACCAAGACAUUCCAGAUGCUCUUGCCAACUCAAACCCUCAAAUCUAUCAGGAGGGUGUGCAGGGAGACUGGUUUAAUCGGAGGCUCUUCGGGCUCUGGAUGUUAGCUGCUGCAUGGCACGGGUCGUUGGCAUGGAUCGUGCCGAAUCUCUCUUUCGGAAGCUCCACCUACGACUCCGUGGCCUUUUGGCGGGCCUCGACAACGUCUUUCACGAUUGUGAUCAUUGCGAUAAGCCUGAAAUUGUUCCUUCACUCAUUUAGCCGCUCGCGUCCCACGUGCUGGGCACCGAUACUUGGGAGCAUCUUGGUGUAUGUGUUAGUGUUAUUUCUUUUGGGGUAUGUCAGCUUUGGCCAACGUAUGCAGCCGAACCUGUCCGAUGGUGGAGAUCCACCAGUACCGGGCUGGAUUUUCAGCAAUGCGCUGCCUCUUCUCCAAACUCUGUUGGUUCCGGGUGUAGCAAUCUUGCCUGACAUUGCAUGUUUGAUCUACGCUCGUCGGCUAAGUCCGUCACCUCUCUUCAAGGUCGGAUGUAAAGUUGAGUCUGAUGUAGAGCUUCUCACGUGA